AUGCCGAAACAAAUCGCGAACAUCAAGGACUUCCUUCUCAAGACUCAUCGAUCCGAUGCCAAGUCGGUCAAGAUCAAGACCAACAGGGACAAUGUCAAGUUCAAGAUUAGGUGCAGCCGUUACUUGUACACCUUGGUUGUAAAUGAGAAAGAGAAAGUGGAAAAAAUUAAGAAGGCUCUUCCUCCAAAUCUCACGAUCAAGGAGAUCGGCAAGUAA